AUGGCGGAAAGAGUUGAAAAGAGUAAGAAACGUAAGAAUCAUGCUGAUGGUUCCUCGAGACCAAGCAAAAAAGUUGCAAUCGAGAGUGAGAAAAAUGUUAAGAUUUCUCUGAAAGAUGGUGAUGAAUGGGCGCCUGUGAUUGCAUCAACUCCUGGAUUGGCUAUACCAGCAUCUAUAUCUCUUCAACCAUUCACAAAGUCUCGCAAGAAUGCCCCCCAACGACCAGGACGUAGCGGAGCAAUUGCAACGACAGAAGUCCUUCUCCAUUCCUCAGAACAUCCAAAACUUGAUUAUACUGCACGAGAGGAAGAAGCGGGUGGAUCUGAUACAUUAUUGAAGCAUUAUGUUGGUGUGUACGAUCCAAAGACCGGAAAAUUAGAGGUUAUGGAGGCGCGAAAGAUGGUGGUUCGUGGAAGCGUUAGAGCACAUCAAGCUUCGGAGGCAGAAUUCGCGAAACAAACUAUACGAGAGCUUCGAAACGACCUUGGAGAGACUUUCGGUACUAAGAAGGCGAAGAAGGCUAUUGCUUCCGUCACUGAGAAUGCCAUUUCCGUUAAUAGAGGCUCAAGAUUGGUCGCGAAUGGUGCCAAACCUGCGAAAUUGGAUGCUGCAAAAUCUGCCAUCAUUGCAUCUAUGGCAGAAGCUACAUCUGGCAUGGCAUCCAGGAAAGAUCUCGAGGAACAAGCGGAUGCAGCUAAACCACGACCAAAGGUAGACCUUACUGCGAAAGACAUCAAAGAUGUGUAUACGGUGGACAGUCUCAUUGGAGGUGACAUUUUCAAGUCUGUACCAGUCUUGGAAUGGGAGCAAUCAGUCAAAGCAAAGAAGAACAUCACGACCAAUUCGAGAUAUGUGUCGACGAGAAUCGUCACUGCAGCUACCGCAGGAGUUAACAAGCUCAGGGUCUUGCGAUACCUCCUUCUUUUGUUAGAUUUACAUUUGGCCUGUAAACCCAUGCGAGGCGGAAGAAUGCUACCCAAGCGCGAAGAAAUGAAAUCGAAGUUGGGUGAAAAUAUACCACAAUCCGUCAUUGAAGACAUACGACGCAAGUACUCGGACGCCGGCAUAAUGUCAAAAUUCAAAUCUGAUCUCCUCAUUACUCACGUUUGUGCAUUGGCAUGUCUAAUUGAUAAUUACGAAGUUGAUCUCUACGAUCUCCAGUUGGAUCUGAAGUUGGAGACGAAGGACAUGACACAAUAUUUCAAGGAGAUUGGAGCAAGGGUGGUGGGGCUUCCGGAGACGAGGAGGAAGGCAUUGGAUUUGGACAAAGCAACUGCCGCCCAAAGGAGGACGGCGAAAUUGAAGUUGCCGCUGGAUUUCCCAAGAGUGCCCUUUGGAAGGAGAGGAUGA